UCUUGGCAAGCUCUUAGGCAGCAGAAAGGGCGGGGGCCGGGCAUGGAACGGCCUUGGAGCUGCAGGAUACCACAAGCAAGGGAAGGGAAAAGGACACCUUCAAAGGGGGCUUUUAAAAGGACCACCCCGCAAAAGGUUCCUGGAUCCUCAGCAGAAUUGGCCUCCUUCAGCCCAGCCCCACCCAGCUGACAUCAGCCCAGCCUCAGGCUGUGGCCCAACUUCCGGCCGGCCAGGGACUGGCGCAAGAGGUGUCCGGCCAUAUAUAUCCUGGCUGGCUGGCUGGCCGGCUGGACUCGCAGCAGCCAUGGAGAUCUCGGCCAUCACUUGGAUGGAUUUGGGGGGACCCAUCAGCCUCCUGCUAGCCAUGGCCACCUCGUGCCUCCUCUUCCUCCACUUCGCAGCCAAGAAGAGGUUCGCCGGCCUCCCCCCGGGGCCCCCGCCGCUCCCUUUCAUCGGCAACAUGCUCCAGGUGGACGUGAAGGAGCUGAUCCCCUCCCUCAGGGAACUCAGCAAGACCUACGGCCCCAUGUACACCUUCCACCUGGGCUCUCGGCCCUGCGUGGUCCUUUCGGGCUACCAAGUGCUGAAGGAGGCCCUGAUUGACAAAGCCGAGGAGUUCAGUGGCCGCGGAGACUUUCCUGCUGUCCAGAUGUGGAGCAAAGGAAAUGGAAUCGUGUACGGGACAGGGGAGCGCUGGAGGCAGCUCCGCAGGUUUGCCAUCGGGACCCUGAAGAAUUUUGGGAUGGGGAAGCGGUCCAUGGAGGAGCGGAUCAAGGAGGAGGCCCAGUUCCUGGUGGCCGAGUUCCGCAAAACCCAAGGCCAGCCCUUUGACCCCACCUUCUUCCUGAGCUGCGCCGGCUCCAACAUCAUCUGCUCCCUCGUCUUUGGAGAGCGGUUCGAAUACACAGAUGAGGCCUUCCUGACCUUGCUUGACUUGAUCAACAGCAACUGGAAGCUCAUGAGCUCCACCUGGGGACAGCUGCUCUUCGUCUUCCCAAACAUCAUGCGAUGGGUCCCAGGGCCCCACCAGAGAAUCUACGCCAAUUACCUGAAGCUGGCCAAGUUUGUGGGCGAGCGGCUGGAGAUGAACAGGCAGACCCUGGACCCCAACUCCCCCAGGGAUUUUAUCGACUGCUUCCUCAUCAAGAUCCAGCAGGAAAAGGGCAACCCCACUUCUCACUUCAACAAGGACACGAUGGCAAAGACCACCGUCAACCUCUUCUUUGCUGGCACUGAGACGGUCAGCUCCACCCUGCGCUAUGGGCUGCUCAUCCUCCUGAGGCACCCCGAGGUGGAAGAGAAGCUCCACGAAGAGAUCGACCGGGUCAUUGGGGACAACCGUGCCCCCUGCAUGGACGACCGGAGUCAGAUGCCCUACACGGACGCCGUCAUCCACGAGAUGCAGCGCUACGCCAACAUCGUCCCUAUGGGGGUGCCCCACACGGUCACAAAGGACAUCGAAUUCCGGGGAUACAGCCUCCCCAAGGACCUCAACGUCAUCCCCUUGCUCUGCACCUCCCAGUCUGACCCCACGCAGUUCAGGAACCCCAACGUCUUCGACCCGACCCACUUCCUGGAUGAGGCCGGGCGGUUCAGGAAGCGGGAGGCCUUCCUGGCUUUCUCAGCAGGCAAGCGGGUGUGCCUGGGCGAAGGCCUGGCCAACAUGGAGCUCUUCCUCUUCCUCACCACCAUCCUGCAGAACUUCCGGCUGAAAGCCCUGACGGAGCCCGCAGCCAUCGACAUCACCCCCGAGUCCACCGGCCUGGGCAGCAUUCCCCGGCCUUACCAGCUCUGCCUCCUCCCCCAGUGAAGAGCUGCCCCCCCCUCGGGGGGGGCCCCAGCUGCUGUGGGUUGCUCGCCUCCCAGAUUGUCCCCACCCCUCCCUUUGUGGUGCUGCCCCACUUCCCUCUCAUCCCAGGGCUGCCGGCCUUCCCAGCCAACCCGUCGCCCGCCUGCCCGCUCCCCAGGGGCUCCUCUGGAGGUGCUUGCCCAGGUGCCAGGGGGUGCCAGGCUCAGCUGUCUCUCAGGCCCUGGGCUACGUCUGGCACCCCAGCGGGCAUUGCCUCGUGCCGGAGAAGAGGCCUCAGGGCAGGAGCCUCAUGGGCAGAUCCGGGACGGAGCUGGGGGCUGCCACGGGGGUCUUGGCAAGGCUGAGGAGGUUCUGCAUUAGGGAGCCCCCCCCCUUGAUGCCAUGUUUUCUAGGGAAGCACCAGGGGUGACGAUGCUGAGCAAACAGGCUGGUUACCAACUGGCAGAGGCCGAAGGCACUUCCGGGGGGUGGGGGGCUUUCAGAAAGGGGGGGCUGGGGAGGUGGAGAAGCUCGUCCAGGCACCCCUCGGGAAGACAGGCCAAUCUGCACAGC